GUGGAGCUCAAUAUCCACAUCUGAAGUCUUUCACGGUUUCAUAAUCAUAAAAAUAAAGCAAGAAUGAAAGUAGAGGUGAAGAGCCGAAAUUUAGUGAAACCGGCAACAGCAACCCCCUCCCACCUCCGCCUCUACAAAAUCUCCAUGAUCGACGACCUCAAUCCUCCCAUCCAUGUCAUCCGCAUCCUCUACUACCCUCCCCAUUCCCCCACUCUCAACCUCGAGCCCUCACUCGCUCAAAUCCUCCCCGCAUUCUACCCCCUCGCCGGCCGCUACCUCAAACACCUCCACGCCGUCGACUGCAACGACGCCGGCGCCCAUUUCUCCCACGCCCUUGUCCACUCCCACCUCCACCACCUCCUCUCCGACCGCGCAUUCCCCACCUCGCGCCUCAACGCCCUCCUCCCCGUCGCCAUCGCCGCCGCCGACGGCCCCGCCGACCCCAUGCUGGCUGUUCAAAUCAACACCUUCCUCUGCGGCGGCGUCGCCCUCGCCGUCUGCGCCUCGCACCGGAUCUUCGACGCCUGUUCCCUCAACAUAUUCCUGGCAGCCUGGGCGAAUGCUGCCACGGGCGGCCAGCUAACAAUGCGCCCCGACUUCAGCUCGCCGGCGCUCUUCCCUUCGGAGAGCGCCGACCCUCUUGAAUUCGGGGUGGGAGAGCGGAGGAUCGUUGGCCGGAGGAUUGUAUUCGACAAGAAUGCGAUCUCCAGGCUGCGGGCCCAUGCAGACCUAGACGGUGGUAAAACGCCGUCCAGGGUGGUGGCGGUGUCGACCGCUCUUACGCAGGCCCUCCUCCGUGCUGACACUGACAAGCGUGAGCACGAGGGUGGGCCUGCAAGAGCGGCCCUGAUCACGCACGCGAUAAACGUGCGCGAGAGGACGGUCCCACCCGUGGCAAAGCACGCGUGCGGCACGUGGGUUUCGAUGUCGCACGUGGAGAUCGCGGCGGGCGAGAGGGGGAUUGCGGAGCGCGAUUUCCCGAAGCUGGUGAGGAAAAUGCGGGAGGCGACGGUGCGAGGGGUGGAAGAUUGCGCGAGGAUUUUGAGCGAGAGGGAGUUUGGGAGGCGAGUUUUGGUGGAUAGCUAUGCGGAGAUAGCUGAGAAGGGAUUAAGGGGGGAUUAUAAGGUGAUUUACGUGACGGAUUGGUCGAAAUUUGGGGAUUAUGAGUUGGAUUUUGGGAUUGGGAAGGCGGUGUGGGUGAGCUUGGCGGAUGUUCCUCUUGAAGAUUUGAUGAUAUUGAUGAACACGAGGGAGAAUGAUGGGAUAGAGGCGUGGGUGUAUUUGGAAGAGUCGGAUAUGCCCUACUUUCAGCAGGAUCACCACAUUCAAAUGCUUCUUGCUUAACCAUUGUUUGCUGCUCACUACUUUCCGCCGUCUCCCUUAAUUUAUUGCUGUGCCAAUAAAGAUGUAUUCAAAUCAUCAUUUAGUAUGAAUGAUAUAUUAACUCCAUUUGGACACGUUUUUA